AUGGCCCUCCAUCAAGAUAUUCUACCCAUCCCCUCGUCCACCAUGCUGUACCGUGGAGACCAAUACCAAGACACAUCCUCCUUAUUGCAGCCGAAACUAGAAUGUCAGGCUGUAACCGAAACACUCAACCCUGCUGGGCCUCAGGUCUUGUCCUGUGCCUUCAGAGCUCAGAAAGUUCCUGGCACUCGAUGUCCUACGUGUGCCUUAGCUGGCAAAGAAGUUUGGAUCUACCCCAGGGCCGAGUUUUGGCUGCUUCUACCCUGGUUCAAAGCUUGCCUCAAAGCACAAUGCCAAGAUGUUGUUGAGCACUUCUCGCCGCUGCGAACCACAGGACUGUGGAUCUCAAAUGUCAGCUGA